CAACCGAAAUAUGGGCAAAGUCAUGUACCCCAAUCCGCCCCUCAACUAGAAUCAGCAGAUCAAUAUGCUUCCUAUCUGCCAAUCCGCAAGCGGCUGCGGCUAUGGACUGCCCAGUAUGGCGAACAAACCAAUCCCGAUAGCAUGCCUCCCGAUAUGGUCCUGUAUGGAGGAGUAUCAAACGACCUCAGUCGAACUCAGUCAACAGGUUCUUCCGAGAUGGACCAGCUGCGGCCUGUUCAGACCGGAAUGACAGACGCAAUUGAAGAGGACUUGGGGGAUGGCGAGCCGGAGACGGCUGCUGUUGGUGUGAGCACCAGACAGCCCGGUGAUUUCGUUGAAUUGAAACAAAUUGGCUCGAGAGUGCCCCUGUUCGCAAUCUAUCUGGGAUACUUUGGAGAGAGACACCAUUUCUACGCCUCCAACGGUAGAUGGUUAACCAGCAUGGGAUACUCGCCGCUGUUCACGGUUGCCAAGUUUGUGACCCAGGAGGAGUUGGCGCCUGUGAUUGCCAAGAUGCCCAAGAACGGGACACCGGAGCUGUUUGAGGAGCUCCGUCGCAACGACAACGGCCCUUCCAGAGACGACGGCGCUCGGCUGAUCGAGAAGAUGGUGGACUUUAGACUCAAAGCAGAUGCAGUGCGCCAAGGCAACCUCGCAAAGCUGGAUGCCGUUCGGACGUUCUUGUCAAACCGGCGACAGGUCAGCUACCUCAGUCUUUUCGAAAUCGCCGACAUACUGCUGCCGGCGUCUCUGAAGAAGGACGGCCGGUUCCCGCCCUUUGCCCUUUAUGCGGUCCAUGCAGCUCUUUACCAGAACGAAAUUGGCUUCCGGCCGCUCAGCCCGACUAGCGACUGCCACCGGCGAGAUCAUUUAUUCGAAAUCUUCCCUCAUUAUCAAGCGAAUGUCAUCAACAGAGUCGUUACCAUGGUGCGUGAUUACACGGCAACGAGCGGGAAACGCUUUAGGCAGCCCACCCGUGAUGAGCUGGAAGACACUGCCCUGGGUCUGUUCAUACUGGAGGCACGCAGGACCGUCCUUGCCAGUCGCUCGAAGAGACAAUGGACGCCGCAUGGCAUCCUCACCCCUGCAGAUGGUAUGGAGCUGCCGCAGCCAGAGUGGUCCCAGCCUAGCAAGGAUAUCAUUUCAUUCUUAGAAUGGUGGGCGAGCUACGAUCUCUUCGAACCUGGAUCGAAGUUUCACGGCCACGGCGCCUUGAUCCUCCGUGCUCUCCAGCUCUACGACGACGCUGUCCUCGACCAGAGCACUGCUUGGACUUUUCUGCAGGAGAUCGGCAUCAUUCCCCCGUGGGAAGUCCCGUCACGUUACAAAGUGCGCUUCCCAGAAGUCAAAAUCACUAGGGGUGGUGGACUGGAACGUGACAUUCCCAAAGAUAUCGAAGCCUCGAAGCGGCCAGAUAUUGCAGCAGGAUUCAGGCGAGCACACACGCAAUCCACCAUAUUCUGCAUCGACGCAGUUUCUACCAUGGUUAUUGACGACGGCAUCUCGCUAGAACGCACGGAUAACCCUGAUGAGUUUUGGCUUCACGUCCACGCGGCUGAUCCUGCGUCGAGCAUCAAGCCCAACUCUGACCUGUGCAAGUUUAUGGAGCUGAUACCCGAAAACAUUUACCUGCCUGGGCACUUUCAAGCUAUGCUUCCCUCCAACCUAGGAGAAGAGGACGAUGCCAAGGACUAUGCCUCGGACGGUCUCGUUGGCCAGUUCUCACUCAAGCCAGGUAGCCCAGCAUUGACUUUCAGUGCGAAGGUCAACAGGGCCGGCGACUUGCUGGAUUUCAAGGUCGAGCCUAGCACGCUUGACAAAGUUGUUUAUCUGGAUCCCGAAGAUGUAUCUCGUUUCUGCAAUGAGCCGCCACCGCCGCCAGCCCUACGGAGCAAGCGCCUUUCCAAGGGCGCAUGGCCGUACUUCUUUCCGCGCCCCUCCGUCUCCGUGAAGCAAGGUGAUGCCCCUGAUACCACAGACACGUCCAGGUUUCUGCCCGCGGAUCCUUACAUCAAGGCUGCCUAUGAGCCAUCAACUGGCUGUUCCGUCGUCUCCAACACAAUGGUUCUGGCCGGUGAAAUCGCGGCACGCUGGUGUUCAUCUCGCGGCAUCCCUAUUCCCUAUCGGAGGGACGUCAAGUUCCGGCAUGGUUGGAAGGAGGCAUUUGACUAUGCAACAAAGAACAUUUACCCUCUGGUUCAGAAAGGAAUCGAACCAAGCAGCAGCCAGCGGCAAGAACUGAUCCGACACACUGGCGGAAUCGAAAUAGCCAGUCAACCUGGCCCGUAUUUCCUCCUUGGCCUCGAUAUGUACGCCAAAGCUACGUCGCCCCUCCGCCGCUUCUCUGACCUGCUGGUUCACUGGCAGAUCCAUGCUGCCUUGGCACACGAGCGGAAGAUUCAGCGGACCAUCGACCCCAUCACUGACGACCUGGAUGCCAUUCUCCCCUUUACCACCAGCCAGCUUGCAACGACGCUCCCACUGUUACAGGUGCGCGAGAAGAUGGCGCGAACAGUCUCUCGUGGCAUUCUCGAGUGGAUCCUUAUGGCCCUUGUCCGCGCAUGGCGCUUCGAGAAGACGGCGCCUGAAAAGCUCCGGUUUACCGUCGAUUCUCGCUGGCGACAGGGCUGCAUUGGCAGGGUGGACUUGUUCGAUCUGCAAGCGGUGAUGGAUAUUGAAGGCUUGAACAAGAAGAUGCUCAUCAAAGACGUCCGGGUCGGAGACCAAUUUGAAGUCGAGCUUGCAGACGUCAACGUUCAUUCUCGGCGCAUCUCCGUGAAGGCACUGAAGUAUCUCGGUUCCAAUGCUGACAAGAAUUCGUCAAUGCCGGCUUUGACAUGA